AUGACCCAGCAGCCUCUGGAGACGCUGCACGAGCACGAGUCCCUGCCGCAAGGUCGUCGGCGUCAACAAAGUCAACUUGCGGGUUCGGCAUACCCCGGCUUCAUGUCCGGCUAUCAACAACAUCAGCAACAACCACCGCCUCCCCUGUCCUUUGAGGGCUCAAGCAGUGCACAGAGUGGUGGUGGCGCCGGCAGCAUGCCGCCCUCCUAUUCGCAGUUUCGUCCCCAGCUUAACAUGGAGGGGCUUCCGAUGAACCAUGGUAUAUCCUUCGACUAUCAACCGCCUGGCAGCAGCCAACCAGGACACCAGAACGGCCAGCCUGGCUUUUUCUUUGAAAGCGGAUCCCCCAGCCCCAGUAUCAACCAGGCAGGUGGCAGUUUUCCUCCGUUCUCAGGUGGCGCUCCCAUGGAUCAGACGUCACCCAUGUAUCUCAACAUUCCCGGGCAGGACUGGCCUAACCGUCUUCCUCCCCAACAAGCGCCAGUAGUGGCGACUUCAUCAAGACGCGCGAGCGGCGCGGCCUCUGGCACCAAGAAUCCACGCCAUCAGUUCACGGCCUGCGGUGCAUGCCGGCAUCGGCGAGUCAAGUGUGAUCUGCGUACACGACAGGAGGAAGCUGAGCGAGAGGCCGCGUUGGAAGAAGCUCAGUCUGGCACAUCAGGAACAGUGCGUCGCCGGAAAGUCAGCUGCACCAACUGUCAAGAGCGCGGCACAAACUGCGUGGACGAAUAUGCUCCGCUCAAGGCAGCUAAGCAACUGAGGCGUGGUAAGCGCAUUUCUGAAAUCGAAAUGCUCUACGGCAAGACUGCAACCGAUGCAGCGCUCGCAUCCCAAGGAGAGGGCGAGGACCGCCUUCUGAGCCCCUCCGCGCGAGGGAUGGAGCGCAUCCCCGAGCUUACCCGCGACUUUUUCGAGUCGUCAUUCUUCCGCCGGUUCCAGAUCCAGCGACCGGUCUUGGACCCUGUCGAGUUCGUCAGCCGGUACCUCUCCAAACCCAUUCCAUGCGCAGCCGCUAUGGGUCCCGAAGGAGCGGUCCUCUGCCACACCUUGUAUGCUUGGGGUGUUGCGUACGGUGUGGAUGAGAGGGGACAGUUCGACGUGAGCGAGGGAAACCACGAGCCCCUCACUCCCAUUAGCCUCGUCGCAGUUGGCGAAGCUGAGGCGCGCCGCGAUGUCGACCGCCAACGGCGUUUGGAGAAGCUCAACAGGGUCGUUAGGACGAUUCUGAAAGAGAUCGACGAGUACGGUAUCCUUCGCAAGCCGUCAUGGGAUGGCGUCAGUGCCCUUCUUCUUUUCCUGCCACUGUUGGACGGAAGUGUUGCCACCUCGGCCGAACGACAGGCCAUGUACCAGACGGCUCUGGCCCACGUUCAAAUGCUAUGCUCCACAGAGGGUUGCGGGUACGACGGCAAGCCUAUUUCGUUGACUUUGGACAAGGACGGCAAUGACAGGAAACGCUAUGUUCGUCUUCGCAUCUUCUGGUACUCCUUCGCUCACGAAGGAGUGAGCAUGGGCUUGAGGGGCGGUCUUCUUCAGCUUGAUGAGGAGUCUGGUGACAUGAUUCUCAUCGAGGAGCUCGCGGCGAAGCAGGGUACAGGCCGCUCGCCUGAGUAUUUGCACGCAACGAACAAGAUGCUCAUGGCCCCCAUCAACCUUGCUCUUGUUUGUCGCCGAGUGCACAGGAUCUUGACUGGACCUCGCGCGCGUCGCAGUGAUCGACUGGACCCCGACUACGUGCACCAAGUGUGGGAUGCGCUGGACCGGUCUUUCGAUGAGUUUGACUCCAUCCGCCGCGAGCCUCCUGCGCCUCCAUACCGCAGUCAGGAGGAGGUUCAGCGGUAUGCGGAUUCGUGGCUGAUUUACUGCAUGGAAGCGCAGUAUGCGAUCAUGCGGGCGAUUGAGGAGCGCAUUGGGCGCCUGGACGCAUCGCUCAGCUCUCGCGGAACAUCGAGCUCAUCGCACACCGGUUCGCCUCCGAUGAACGAGCAGCAAGCUGAGCUCUCCCGUCUGCAGCGCCUUCUGGAGGCGUCAAGGACGAAGUGCGAGUUGACUGCUCGCCACGUUGCCAACAUUGCCCGCCGGCAGUUGGGGACGCCGCUGUUUGAGUGGGACGCCAACCACGUUCAGCAGGGUCUAUUUUUGGCCGCCACCUUCCUCGUAACGGACCCCGAUGCCCAGGACCUCAUCGCGGCAUGCAUUCAGGCGCUCAAUGAGAGUCGUAUCGCUGUCUCCAAGGCAGGUGACCGGUCUCAGGAGUUGCGCAAGAUGUGGUACGAGGCGAAUCAGAGGCGCGAAAACGGCGGUGACUCGGCAGCCAUGGGAAGCCAAUCUCUGCCCAACUCUCACGGUCAUUCGCCGUACAUCUCGCCUCAGGUGCACCAGCGCGCGCCUUGGACAAGCCUCGAAGCGGCCACGCAAAUGGCGGAUGGCGUCCCCUCCGACCACCGCAAGUCGCCCGGACACCCGUCGCAGCCGUCACCUCCCUACGGUGUGCGCUACCCCGAUCCCCAGAUGAUGCCCCCUCCUGCCCUUUCCCACCAGCCUGACCUCGCCUACCAGCAUGGUGUGCCUGCCGCCAACGGCCAGUUCUCCUUUCAGUCUCAGGACGGCCGAGGCUACAUGGGGUAUGGCAACAUGCCGUAA